AUGCCGUCUAUCGAUGAUCUCGAGGAUUACCCUUCUACCUCGAUUGUGUUUGCAGACACGGAUUUGAUCGAUAUUGGUUUUCUCAGCGGUGGCACAAGAUUCGCCACGCUUGCCCCAUCGAGAGUUGGUGGUUUAACAGUUUGGACUUCAGCCGAGCAUGUCCCGUUUUUGCCCGAAGGAAAACUCACAUUACUCGAUGCAGAUCCGACGUCUUUAUUAAUACUCCCAGUCGAUCAUGUGGCCAUUGGACUUUCCGAUGGUUCAAUUGUGUUUGCUGAAGCUUCAUCGUCGGAAGUAGAAUCAUUGCAUCGGACCGAAAGGAUUCACAAAAUGGAAGUAUUAUCAAUGUGCUCGUUGAUGUCUGAUAAAAGAAAGUUAGCAUCUGGAAGUGCGGAUGGGUCAAUAAUUGUUGGUGAUCUCGAAACGCAGACAUUUGAUGAAAUAGUACGGGGAGAAUGCGGUGCAAUGGCGAUGUGUGCUAUCUCCGGAGGAACAACGGUUUGCGUGGGUCAUAUGGCCGGACGUUUAACCCUAUGGGAUGUUCGAGAAAAAAUUAAAAAUCCUGUCCGAAACAAAGCAACAGCUACAGUUUUAUUGGAAUCAAAUAGCGACUCAGUUACUGCGUUGGCGGCUCACCCAUCACAAGCCAAUGUUUUUGCAUUUGGUACCGAAUCAGGUUCGAUUGGUUUUGUGGAUGUUAGAGCCGGUGGAAGGGCUGAGGUGAUGAAUGGAUUGAGCGCGGCAACACAAGCUAUAACCAAAAUCUGCUUCCAUCCGUCGCUGGCCGAGAAUUUGUUUGCCGCCUCAGCUGAUGGAUCUCUUCAACAUUUGGACGCUAGUCGAUCGCACGCUUACACUUUUGGCGCAAUCACCGAAUCACCGCUAAGACAAGUCUCUUGGUGUCUACCCUCACUACAAGAAUCUCUGACCUCAACCAGUCUCUAUCCACGAUCAUCAAAAUAUCCGCAAUCUUUCGACAUUUGUAGCAAUUCAUUGGUGGUCGCUUUCGCCAAUCAAAUGAUUCACUGCCUCGAUGGAAUCAAGCUCUCA